UUCACAGCACCUUCCAUUCCUCUCUCAUACCAACUCAACCUGCCUUGAAGCCUGCCUCUCUCUCCCCACACAAUGGCUACAAUGGCUAUUCUCUGCAUUGCUACAUUGUUCUCUCUUUUCGCUGCCGCCACUGCUCGAAUCCCCGGAGUUUACACCGGCGGUCCAUGGCUCAGUGCUCAUGCCACUUUCUAUGGCGGCAGCGACGCCUCUGGAACUAUGGGUGGUGCUUGUGGUUACGGGAAUCUGUACAGCCAGGGCUACGGAGUGAACACGGCGGCUCUGAGCACGGCUCUGUUCAACAAUGGCCUGAGCUGUGGUGCGUGCUUCGAGAUCAAGUGCGUCCAGGACCAGAAAUGGUGCAACCCUGGAAGUCCUUCCAUUAUCGUCACCGCCACCAAUUUCUGCCCUCCCAACUUCGCUCUUCCCAACGACAAUGGCGGAUGGUGUAACCCUCCUCGAUCGCACUUCGAUCUCGCCAUGCCUGUCUUCCUCAAGAUCGCUCAAUACCGCGCCGGGAUCGUCCCCGUCAGUUACCGCCGGGUGGCAUGCAGAAAGAGAGGGGGAAUCAGAUUCACGAUCAACGGUUUCCGUUACUUCAACUUGGUACUGAUCACCAACGUGGGGGGUGCAGGGGAUAUCGUGCGCGCGAGCAUCAAAGGAUCUAAAACAAACUGGAUGAGCAUGACUCGUAACUGGGGGCAAAAUUGGCAAUCCAACGCCGAUUUGGGUGGGCAGGCUCUUUCCUUUAGAGUCACCGGCAGUGAUAGGCGCACCUCCACUUCCUGGAUCGUGGCACCACCUAAUUGGCAGUUCGGCCAAACCUUCAUGGGCAAGAAUUUCCGUGUCUAGCUAUGCACUCGUCCAUCUUUUCUUCCAUCGUUCUUAUGUAAUUUUGACUUGUUUGGUUCAGUUUCCCAUCCUCAACUUUCCAUCAUUUUCCCGGGAAAGUUUGAGGUAGGUUAGUACUUAGUGGUAUCAACAGAAGAGAGAGAAUGGGUAGUUAGAAAAAAGAGUGAAAGUGACGUUUAUGGUUAUGUGAGUUUUAUUGUUUAUUAUUAUUAUUUUUGUUUGGGUGGGGACUGAAGCGGAAUUGGUCAAAAAGUGUCAGUAAAGUGUGAUGGUUUGCUGGUUUGUAUUAAAAUGCCCAGCAAUGUAAUUUUACUUUUCCUGGGUCUGAAAGUGUGUAAGAUGCUGAGGCGGCUGCAAGAUUUUGCAUGUAGCCCGCAACUCUAAUUAAUGAUUUAUAUAUAAUAAUAUAUUUAAGUUUUAAUUCA